AGGUAACCUGGCGAGUGGCCCCGACGCUUCUCCCUUGCUGUGGCUCACGCUUUGGAACUGGAGGCCGAGACUAUUCUGGCGACGGCGACCUCUGCGGCGACGGCUGAGGCUCUCGGAGAAGUGGCGGAGUACGAGCUGGAGGAAGGGCUUCUGGUCAGCCCAGGUUCUGUCAUAAUGAAUGGAUCCAGUGUAGCAAAUACAUCACCUAAUGUAAAAUCCAAGGAAGAUCAGGGAUUAAAUGGGCACGAUGAGAAGGAAAACCCAUUUGCAGAGUACAUGUGGAUGGAGAACGAAGAAGAUUUCAACAGACAGGUGGAGGAGGAGCUGCAGGAGCAAGACUUCUUAGACCGCUGCUUCCAGGAGAUGCUGGAUGAAGAAGACCAGGACUGGUUCAUCCCCUCCCGGGACCUGCCUCAGGCCAUGGGACAGUUGCAGCAGCAGUUAAAUGGACUGUCCAUCAGCGAUGGUCACGAGUCUGAAGAUAUUUUGAGCAAAAGUAAUCUGAACCCGGAUGCCAAGGAAUUUAUUCCAGGAGUGAAGUACUGAGCUGACAGAAAGCUUUGAGGAGAACCUGUAUGUCCCCACACCUGGGGACAGUGCUGCACAAAGAGGCGGAGCUGAAGAAGAGGGUGGGGCGGGCUAGGGGUGCACAGUGGGGAAGGGGGAUAGUGGUUUAACUUGACACUGUGACUGGAGUAACUAAUGAGCUCAGUCUUACUCUACAAGCCUCUGAGUCUCUGAGUAUUUCUCUUUUGUUCUACUGACUUUGGUUUGGAGCAGUUUCCUAUUAUUAUUAUUAUUAUUAUUAUUAUUAUUAUUAGUUUUUUGAGUUAAGGAAAUUGCAGUCUUUUUUCCCCUUCAUCAGGAAUGUUCUGCUGUGUGUGUUUAAACAAAAUAAGCUGACCAAGAAAAUCUGGGUGUUUAAGAAUGCCCUUCUCAACCUAUUGUGCACUUACCAAGGGCAGUGAACACUUGGAGAACUAUUUAUCGAGUCUGUUAAGCUGCAUGACAAGAGGGACGAAUGGAAGAAGGAGGUGUUGCAAAUCAGGGUUCACAGCCCAGCUCCCCUGACCCCCCGGGGCUUUCCUGUGAUGAAGCAGAUUACCAUGGCCCGCCAAGCCCACGUGUCCUUGCCUGGAACCCCGUUCAAGAAAACACAGACUUCAGGACUGGUUUAUGGUAAUUCUUCUGAUGGUUAAUGAAGGUUGUAAACCAGCAGGGGAGGACUGUGCCAGUGAUUGUCAUUUGGGUCACUCAGUCAACUUGAAUCCUGUUAAUUGUGUCUUAAGAGUAUUUUGGCAAUUUUUUGCCAGCCCCAUGAAGACUUGGUCCUCCUGGUAUCUUCCCUUAGUAAAUUAUUCCCAAUAAUUUUUCCCACAUAAACAUAUUUUUCAGGACACCAGCGAGAAGCUUAGCUCACAAUUUGGAUGCUUCUCCCCACCUUACAGAUUUAUGCAAAAGAAUUAAAAAAAAAAAAGCCUGGGAGAGUGAGUCUUGCUUGACCCAUGUGACCAUGUGACCCAGCGGGAUAGUUUCAGCAAUUAUAAAAUUUUGCUGUUCCCACAUGCCCAGCUUUACGAGUUUUCUAGGUUGGGCUCUUUGGGUAUAUUCCUUUUGUUUUUCCUGACUAUAAAUCACAGGGGUUUUUUUGUUGAUACUCAUAAGGGAUUAAACUGGGCACCAGAAGCGCCUUUGUGUGAUAAAGAUGUAGGUGGCAGAGUCAGGUCUAAAGGAGAACGUGUGUAGUCCCGGCCGUCCUCCUAGGAUGAGGACUUGCAGAGGCCUGAGGGGGACAUAGCAGCUUCUGUAUGACUGCUACUGUGUUGUGUGACAGGCCUAUCAGGAAAAGGCCACGUAAUGAAAUAAAGUCUGUGUAAAUUCAGUAUGUGGAUAUGGGACAGAGGUUGGAAGGAAAGGACCAGUGUCUAGAAAGCUUAGUAAUUUCUCCCUUUUCUUAGGUGCUCCCCUUGUUGACUUUCUGAACAGCAACAGGCUAAUGUCAGAUUUAAAAUACGAACCCACAUCUUUUCCUCAUUUGAGUCUAUAGGAUGGCAUCAUUUAAAGAAUGGCCUUCCCCGUUAGGGUCACGUGUCAGGAGAGUAGCGUAAGGAGCUUGUAUUGCCAGGCGUGCACAUUAAUACCCAAAGGCCCAAAGCCUCUACCUCAAGAGAAUGGAACACUUAACUCGUUUCCAGGGACGGCUGUGAAUAAAGAACCCUCUUUAUUGCAGCUUCAGCUUUCAACUGGGGUCGUUGCCUCUAAUAGGGAGAGGGCCUUGGAAGUGCAGGAAAAGAGAGGUCUGUGUGCCCCAGGGCUCCGUUUCCUCCUUCAGUCUCCAUUACCUUGUCCAAGCUCAGAGUCCUGAAGGCUGCCGGCAAUAUAUUGAGACUGCAGAAAGAGCCAUUUUCUAGAGCGUGGGCUUCUCCCUCAGAAACAAUGGAUUCUAGUGUGGCUCCCAGUCUGGAAAGUCCUGUAGGGAUUCGGAUGGAGCCGUUUCUUCAUUCUGAAGAAGCUUGCUGUCCUGACCAGGAUGGCUGAGAUGUUGGGAGCAGUGCAAAGGGCUUGUCUGUCUGCUGUGGGGUUCUGUUUUGGAUGUCGGACUUCAGCACCGUUUCACAAGGCAGAUUUGGUCGGGAGUAAGAGAGCUUCCUGCCAGAUGAGCAGUGGAACCUGAGGGCUGGACUUUCCAGUCCCAUUCAGACACGAGAGUCUGCGGACUCCCGGAGCAGGAAGCGGCUAGCAGCACGACCCUGUUCUUAGCGAGUCGGCUUGUGCUGCAGUUUCUCUCCAUAGCCCAGCUCUUUUCUCCGUCUUUUCCCCACUUUCCUUUCCUCGUAGGAACCGAUCUGGGCGCAUGCCCGCCUGCACCUUGACCGGCGAGGCAGGUAUUUAUAAGUUGAUAUUUUGACGUUGAAUUUGAGCCACUAACUCUGUUUAAACUUGUUCCAUCGGCAACUGGAAGCUUGAGAAUGUGUAGAGCAAUGAUGGAGUGUGUGUUUGCAGCGAGUGCCAGUUCUGGCUGGGCCCGGUGUGAGCUCAUCCGUGACUGGUUUCUGAGUUUUGUGAUUGUUGGACUCUAAAACUCCGAGGUGAAAAUUAUUUUAUCUCUUGGCUCUUCAAGAAAAAAAAACAAGUCAAGGAAAUGCCUUUUCAGUUUCUCCAGGUCUUUGAACGACAGCAAAGAACUUGACAGCUACCGCCCAGGCCUGAGCACCUGCAGCUGUGGGGCUCUGCGCGUUCCGACUGCGGCAGCAGACUCCUGGGGUGCUGGGGUCGAGUAUGGUCAAACCAAAACAGAUUGUAAGGCAGGGGCUGGACUUUUGCAGCACCUUUAGUUUUCAAAGUCAAAACAGCUGGAGUCUCUAAGGUUAUAAUGCUAACUAUGGCUUUAAAAAAAUGCUUUUAGUAAACUACUAAGCAGGAUUUUUUAGAUUGUGUAUUGUCCUAGUGUCAGUUUUGUCUUGAUUUUGGAGAGGCUAGGGAGUAAAGAGGUCAUUACAAUACUCUGGCAAUUAUACGUCAGAGAGGAAAGUUGUGUGAAGGAGCUAAAGGAAACCGUGGACUGAAUCCUCUCGUGUUAGUGCGGCUGCAGACCCGGUGUAGAAACAUCAGGUGCCCCAGAAUCGAUCCUGAUGUGAUCAGAGAGGACAGGUGUUCUUCGAUAAGGGUCCCAGCAUCAAGGUUAUUAAUGGUUCUUGGUUUAGGUGACGUUUAGGUAUGGGGACGAGCACAUACCUCACAAAUUUGACCAAGAUUUGGGGAUGGCCGCCUACUGGGGAAGACUGUGUAUCCCAGCCCCUCUCCCAGGACAUGAUGCAUUCGUUUGGGAAAUGAGUGGAGAAAACAGGAGGACUGACCCAGUUCUGGUGGGCAUUGGGAAACUCUAAGCUAUUUACUCGAAAAUAGUACAGUGUUUUCCUGUGUAACUCGACACUAAGUGAUAAUCCUGCCGUAUUGAUUGAGCCUUCAGAAAUGUUUAAUGCAGGGAUUUUUUUUUUAAAACAACUUUAUUGAGGCAUAUUUUACAUAUAAAAUUCACCCAUUUCAAGUGUACAUUUCAGUUAUUUUAGUAAGUUUCCUGAAUGGUGAGGCCAUAACCAUACUCAGUUUUAGAUGUUUUCCAUCCCACCCCAUGAGAUCCUUCAUGUCCAUUUACAUGAUAAUCCUGUUCCCAGCUCUGGGCAACCACUUAUCUUUCUGUCUCUACAAAUUUGCCUUUUCUGGGCAUCAUAUCAAUGGAAUCCUACAAACUGUGGUCUCUUGUAGCUAGCUUUUUCCCUUAGCAUAUUUUUGAGUUUCAUCCAUGAGGCCUAACUUGUGUUGGUAGUUUGUUCUUUUAGAGCACUCAGUAGUAUUCCAUUGAUGGAUAUGCCACAUUUUGUCAGCAGGGAAUCUUGUAAACUUGGAUUUCAGCCUCCUGUGGUCUAAAUAGAACCCUCGGAGCACAGGACUCCUGGGCAAGCUGCUGCGCGUAGCACGUGAACUGCUUAUCAGAACCAGCUUUGCCAUCAGGACCUCCACACGAGGAGCCUAAACUGCUGCAGAAAUUUUUAUAACUUUGCAACUUUUUUAUAAGGAACUUUUGUGCUGUCUACACAUCAGGACUUUUGAAGCAUCUGAUAAUUUAAUGAAUGUGUUUUGAGUGGACACAAAAGCAAAACCAUCUGUACUCUGUUGGAUAUUUUAUCCUUCCGAACUGGAUGGAGGGGAAUCGCCGAACUUUGAAUACAGUAUUGUCUGCGUUACAAAGUUGAAUGUGUAUUAAAGAUUGUGCUGCCUUUGUUGGAUGGAUCUGGAGAGAACGACAGCCAGCAGAGGAGGUCGAGAGGAGAAAGGGAGUGCAGCCUGAGGAACGAGAAGCCCCUGGGGGUCUGUGCGUGGCUUACCCGUUCGCUGGUGUGGAUGGCAGAGUGCAGAUGGGUGCCCCGCAGCAGCUUCGCACCUCCAGCGGGCCUACGUCUUGACUUUCACCUUUGAUCCCUGUUUCACAAGUGUUUAAGAGCUGUUUUUGUUCCUUUUCUCUCCUCUAAGUACACAUUAUGUGGUAGUUAUUAAUAUGUCUUUGGGGGAGGGGCAGGGCUUUAAAAUCGAAGAAAAUGAUUUUCAUAAAAAUAUCAAAAAUGGGGAAAAAGUUACUUUUUAAAAAUUUUGCUAUACAAACCAAAUGGCAGCUGUGGAAAAAUCUCAAUAAAACGAGAAUAAAAUGCAUUUACUUGCC